CCCCACAAUCACACAAACCAACAAACCCACUUCGACUAACGAACGCUCGAGAAACUCUUUAGACUGAGAACGAACCAAUACCAAACCUUUCUUUGAACAUUUUUCGUCUGCUGUUGUUUGUACUUGUAAAUCCAUUGAUCAUGCCUCCUGGGUCGAAGAAAAGAAAGGCCUUGAAGAAGAAGCAGCAGGAGCAGGAAGCUACUGGAGCCGGUACCAACAACAAAGGCUCCAAUGGUCAUGGGAACAUUUCUGGACAUGAUGAACAUGGAAACCAAGACGAGAGAGAAAGUGAUGGCGAUCUGAGUUCUCCUGGUUCUCAGGGAAAUGAGGAAUUUGGGACAAGGGACCCAUCACUUUCACCUCCUUCAUUAUCUGGCCUGGGGAAGGACACUGUGAAAGAGAAAACAGACAUCACUCGGGCACAGGGAGUGAAAGGUGAAGAGUUUAUUGCAGUUGGAAGAGGAACGGAUCAUGAGGGGAAUGGUGUGGACAAACCACCCAAUUACUUUCCUGAAACUUCUACUCACAAUACCAGAAGAGAAAUUUCUCAAGAGGCUGGUGGUACCUCAACUUUGAAAAUUGUACCUGGUGUUGAUUCUGUUAAGCCUCUAGGUUCAGCUGUCUCAAAGGCUGUGAUCUCUGACAAAAAUGAGCAUGUUGAGAGCUCAGCAGACUCGGAUUCUGUCCUACAGAAGUCUGUUGAAACCAAAGAGAAACGUAGACUAAAAGAAGCGAAAGAAGGUAACAUUCCAGGAUCUGCUGCAGAUACAAGCAAAGAAAUCAAGAGAGGAAAAGAAUCUGAAGUGCCAGAAUGUUCAGAAGAAAAGAGUCUUUUGCCUUCUGGUCCACCAGUUGUCCGAACCUCGUGGUUGAGUUGCUGCGGUUUGUUUGAUGUGGCGGCAGGAUCUGAAAGAUAAUUCCAGCUAUCUCGAUGUUGUUUACGCAUUCUCUCCACAAUUCUCUAAGGGAUCAAGUCCAUGAAGUUGAUGUAUAGUAAAGUUUGGUGUCAUCAGUGUCUUGGUUUGAUGAUGGAGAGCAAGAAGAGGAUAAAAUCAGUAAACAGUGGGCAGCAGAAGCUCAAAGAACAGCCAACAAGACAUGAUUCUUGGUCGUAUUAUAUUCAUUCAUCUCUGUAUAAUCAAGCAUUAUAUGAGUGUUUUUUUAGCAACAUUCGAACAAGAACAUAAAUUUCUUAUGUUCAUGUUUUGGAAUUUUAGAUUCAUGAGAUCUGAAGACAGUUCCUUCUUUUUUUCGUUUAUAUAUCAUAUUUUUCACCA